AUGAAUAACCUAUUCAGAAGCAUUGUUAGUAAUAAGGAGCUUAAGGAUGAAACAAAUAAGGGGUCUGUUAUGCAACAUUUUGAAGAGCGGUUAAAAGACUUUCAAUUAGAAUUCGUUGACAAAGAAGAGAAAAUUAUUAGUUCCAAUUAUGUGGCUGAUCGCUUGUUGGCCAGUAUAGAAGCACUUUUUUUACAUGGUCUCAAAGAAUCUCUUAUCAGCAAAUUAUCGACUGUGAUAGGUGACGAUGUGGACAGAAAUAUAGAUGUCAAUUUUUGGCAUUGUCUACUUAUACUCUCUCCAAAUGGUAUUGUUGAUCAAAUUAAUUCUUUAAAGCAUGUAACAACAGACGUGGGGAAAUGUCGAGCAUGGAUACGUACUACACUCAAUGACGGAGUAUUUCGUAGUUAUCUCAUGUCAUUUGCCAAAUACCGGCAUUACAUUAUGAAGUUUUACAAUAGAAAAGCUAUAAUACGCGACCACAACUCUUUUAAAAAAAUAAUUGAACUUAUGGAGGGAAUAGAAUCGUACAAUUUCGACCUUACCUUAAACUCUAGUCUCCUGAAUACUUGGCCCAAUGGUACAUUAAUGUUGGCCGGGUACUGGACGCCAGCACUCAAAAAUAACCCGUUAUUCAAUAAUAAUCCACAAUUAGCUGAAGCCGUUGACGUAAACGAUACCGAAGACACAUUAUUAAUAAACGAUAACAACAGAUCAGAAGAUAGUUAUACAUCGUCGUUAUCAUCAUCAUUUGUGGACUCAGACUUCAUGCGUAAACCAGCGAACAUAAUUGAUGAAGAUAUUGGCUGGGAUUUGAUAAUGAAACAGCCAUCUACUUCUUAUGUGACGACGUCUAAACCCAUAAAAGAUUACAAGAGUACUUAUGAAAAUGCAAAGGAACCAGUACCAGUGGUCACCUCUGUUAAUAAAAUGCCUAGUACAGCUGAUGAAAAUGAAGAACCCAAAAAAGAAGAUAAUGUUUUAGAAAACACAUCAGAUAUUUCUAACAUUAUUCAACCUGCAAAUAUCGAAGCCUGUAAAGAUACACCCAAACUUGAACACAUUCAAAGUUUUAACGAUCUGUUAAAGUCGUAUAACUCAAGAGUAAAAAGUUAUGUAGAAAACCCCGAGGUGGAUGAAUUGUACAAACAAUUGACAGUUAAGAGAAUAAUCGAAGAGCAGCAACAUAAUGAUCUCGAUAGUUUGGACAAUGACGAUGAAUCAUUUGUUAAAUUAUCUAUGCAUCCCGAACACUUAAGUUUAGAGCUCCUCAAGGAAUAUUUGGAAUACCUGUUUGCACCUGCUCAUGAGUUAGGUCUAAAUACUCAAGGUUUUAUGUGUAAAGGCUGUAAUGAAACGAUCGGCAUUGAUUUUGGAAACUAUUAUAAAUGCAACUUUACAGCAUGCUAUUAUUGUGUGCAUUGUUUUGGUACAGAAAUGUCGUGUAUACCGUCGAAAAUAUUAUUUGACUGGGACUUUAAUCAGUAUCCAAUUUGUAACAGAACGUCCAAAUUUUUUAAUGAAAUUCAAUAUCAUCCACUGUUUAACGUUCGGAGCAUAAACAGAAAAAUUUAUAAAUGCAAUAAAGAAAUGGUCAAAUCCAAGGAAUUACGUUGGCAAAUUUACUAUUUGUAUAGAUUUUUAGCCACUUGCAAACUCUGCAACACCGAAGAGCUUUCCAAAGAUAUUUGGCCCCGUGAAUACUUUUAUAAUAAUAUACAUUUAUACUCGUUUUUUGAUCUUCAAGAAAUCUAUUCUGGUGCUUUAUUCGAUUUUCUUGAACAAAAAAUCACUGUCAGUCGAAACCAUGUCUAUAAUUGUCAAACAUGCAGACAAAAAGGCUUUAUUUGUGAAAUAUGCAAAGACUCGAGAAUAAUAUAUCCAUUUGAUAUUGCUGACAAUUACAGGUGUCAUCUCUGCAAAACAGUUUUUCAUCGCAAGUGUUAUAAGGAAACAAAAUCAUGUCCUAAAUGUGAAAGAAAUAAAAUGCGGCUGCACAGUAAAGAUUUCUACGACGACGAAGACACAGAAAUCAAUUCAUAGGUCUCUCGUUAGAUUCUAUAAUUAUUAAUUGAUGUAACAAAAUAAGUUUGAUUUUUUUUUUUUUAACUGUGAUUAUUGUUGUAAACCCUAUUUUAUACUUAUUAUUACAUUAUUAAUACAAAUUGUUUUGUUAGGUUUAGUAACAUAAUCUUAAAAUUUGUAUGUGCGUUUUGUUAUUUAAUCAAAUCUGUUAAAUAUUCUUAAUAUUAUUUGGAUAAAUUAUUACUGUACAUUAAUACUUGUAAUGCUGUACUUAUACGUAAAUAUUAGAACUUAAAACAUUUUAUGAUAUUUUUUUGUUAAAAAAUAAAUAUUUUACAAUGAAGUAGGAAACAGAAUUUAUUACUGUAAUGAAAUACCUAACUGUGAUUCUAAAAAACUCAUAAUGAUGUAUCAACCAAAUCAUAAGCCAUAUUUUAUUAUAUUAUUAUAAUUAAUAACCAUAAACUAACCAAGUGUACUACGAAUUAUGAUGAUAAUCACCAUUGUGUACUUAAAUAAUCUGCAGUUGCAAUGUUUAAACCGUCUGUGUACCAACAUUUGCAAUCAUAUUAUGCACAUUUUACACCAAAUCAUUAAGUGUUAAAAGCUACUGAAAUACGAAAAACCAUAAUAUUGUAUACCAUAUUAUAGCAAAAAUUAUUAAUAUUUUUUAAACAGACA